CCUGCCAAAACCCACUCAGAGGUGGAGGGGGAGGGCAUCUGGGAUUUUCGUCGAGGCGCCUAAAUCGGGGCGCCACUCACACUCACUCUCUUCCCCCUGCUCUCUCGUUGGAAGGGUGUCUGGGCGACUCCCUCUUUCGUCUUUCCCUGCUGUACUCAUUUUGUUCGUCCGCGUUAAGGGGAAACGAGAAGCCCUAAUCUCCAUCCCUCCCCAAAAGCACCGUCGCUCCUGAGACAAUCGCUUUUUUCCGUUGAAGCCAGCAGUCUCCAUCUCUCUCCGCUGCUCGCCAUUGAGCCAUGGGUUCGUCCAUCAGUCACGCCGCCGCUCCCCAACCGAUGCCGGCCGGUCUCGCACCUCCUCCUUCAGACCCUUCCUCGGACUCCAAGGAGGUAGAGAAGAAGGUGGACUGGCUCAAUCUCCCCUGCCCCGUCCCUUUCGAAGAGAUCCAGAGAGAAGUUCUGAUGUCAUUGAAGCCAGAACUUUUUGAAGGAUUACGCUUUGAUUUUACCAAACCUCUGAAUCAGAAAUUCUCUCUCAGCCACAGUGUAUUUAUGGGUUCCAUGGAAGUCCCAUCUCAAUCAAAAGACACGAUCAAGGUCCCUACUGCUCAUUAUGAGUUCGGUGCUAAUUUUCUCGACCCUAAGCUGAUGCUUGUUGGGAGGAUAUUAACUGAUGGAAGACUAAAUGCUAAAGUGAAGUGUGAUUUGACAAAUAAUCUUACUCUCAAGAUCAAUGCCCAGCUCACGGGCGAACCACAUUUCUCUCAAGGCAUGUUCAACUUUGAUUACAAGGGUAAGGAUUUUAGAACUCAAUUUCAGUUUGGAAACAAUGCAUUUUAUGGUGUCAAUUAUAUUCAGAGUGUUUCACCAAAGUUGGCUUUGGGAGGAGAGGUUUUUUGGCUUGGCCAGCAGAGGAAAUCUGGUAUAGGUUUUGCUGCUCGCUAUAACACAGAUAAGAUGGUUGCAACUGGGCAAGUUGCCAGUACUGGAAUAGUUGCCCUUAGCUACGUACAGAAGGUAUCUGAAAAGGUCUCUCUAGCUACAGAUUUCAUGUACAAUCAAAUGACUAGAGAUGUAACCACCAGUGUUGGCUAUGAUUACUUGCUUCGUCAGUGUCGUCUACGGGGGAAGCUUGAUUCUAAUGGAUGCGUUGCUGCCUUCCUAGAAGAGAGGUUGAACAUGGGUGUCAAUUUUAUUCUCUCAGCUGAGAUUGAUCAUUGGAAGAAAGACUACAAGUUUGGAUUUGGCAUGACAGUGGGGGAAAUCUAGACAGCAAUUUGGAAAUUUUGCCAUGCUUGCAAAUGGGGGCAAUCUUCUUGUUAGGCGCUAUUUUAGUUUGUGGUCUUGAAUGUUUCAAAGGUGUUAUCGGUUCCUUCUCUGAUUGAUCGUUGUGAGGUCACAUGCAGCUAAUUCAGGCAGCAGCUGUUCUUUUUUUAUCUUGAAGGCGAGAGCACAAUUUUAGUUUACAGAGAUGUUUCUUCGAUGCUUUUUUAGAAUUGCUUAUUAAUUUGAAUGAAGUGCCUGCAGGUGCAGGAAUUUUACCAUUUCUUUGAGGCAAGACUGUUCUGCCAUGGAGGGUUUUUGUGCACAAGCUCAUGUAGCAAUUUUUUCGAAGUAAAAUAAUGACCAUAGUUUUCUAUGCCA